AUGGACCCAUCGACCUCGUGGGCCGUCGGCGACCGUCAUGGCGCCACGGUUACGGACGACGCCCUCCAACAAUUCCUGAACAACAUGAACAUGGACGCAGCUAUGGGCAACCUGGCCGACGGCAUGAACUACGAUUUCCAGGACUUCCCGACGACCGUCGCAACAGCCCCGAUGCUUUCGGCCCAUGCGCCUGAACCCCUAGACUUGACGAUGAGCGGUACGGAUGCCGCUCAGGCAGCGGCGGCCGCGGCCGCAAUGCUCGUGUCACCUGCGAUGGGCCCCGUGCAGUCCAUAGCGACCACGGCCCCUCCAUUCGGGUCCAUCCCGGCGUCGAUGAUGCCUCCGCCUACCCCGAGCGGUGCUGUUGUGGAUAGCAUUGAUGCGCAGAUCCAGUUCCUGCAGCAGGAGAAGCUGAGGCACCAGCAAAGGCAGUUGGAACAGCAGCAGCAAGCCGCUGCUCUCUUUGCCCGGCAACAGGCCGACAUCAUCCCUCCAACACCGCAGAGCUUCGAGAUGCAACCUGGGGCUUCGCAGUUCCUAGGGCAGUCAAACGCAACCGAGCAGCAUCAUCAUCAUCAUCAACAACAACGCCAGUCCGUGAGCUUCCAGAGUUUGACUGAUCAGUCGGAUGUUCGUCGACCCCUUGACAAUGUUCACCAUUAUCAUCACCGGGGAAGUGAGCAUCUUACUGACCGUCUCCAGGUCUCGUUUACGCCAUUGGUCUCUCCAGCCGUCACGCCGCUCGAUGCCAAUUUCUCCAUCGAGUCACAGUUCAAUGUGACGGGGACGAUGUGCUUCAGCCCCUUAACGUCUCCAGCUCUGCACGCGCAGAACGAUUGCCUGAAUGUCUUCGACCAGAGGCAGACGAUGAACGACUCGCCGAUCGAGAUGGACCUCGACUCGACUGUGGCUGCAGCGCAAAACCAGCCGCCAGGCGACUUAGCUAAGAAGAUGCGCAAGAACGCAGCCAAAGCCCGGGCUAAGUCUGGCGCUGCCGGCAUCAAGCAGUCUCCCAUCUCGAAGCACGUGCGGAGGAAGACUGCCACCACCCCGAGUCUGAGUGCUCAGGCUUUGAGCGAGAUAGCCGAGGGCGUGGAGAAUAGCAACAUUCAAGACAACCAGCAGCUACUGCUACCCACACCUAUGAUGCCGACAGCGAGUUCAUCCUCGUCUACGGCUUCGGUAGGUGGCAUUACGGACUCAGAGAACGGGUCGACCUCCCCCGAGGCCAUGCCUGAUUCUGUUACGUCGGAGAUGCCACCACCGCCAUUGCCCAGGUCAAGGUCAGCUAAGCCAUCUCCUUUCCUUGCUCCGCAAGGUGGUGCUGGGGGUGUGUUGGGGAGCUUGCAGCCUAGGCAAGGUGUGGCCUCGCCUGCUACUCCGGCGUCGUUAAUGAAGUUGAAUUCGCCGGGGACUCGGAGCUCAGGGGUCAAGGCAGGUAGUCAUGGCGCUGUGGAUAACGACCACAUCGAGGCUUUCUCGCUGCCAGAGUCAGCAAGCUUCGGCCACUCGACCAUCGUCCCAGCCCCGAGCACCAGCCAACCCGUGGAGUCAACAUCCACGCAACCGACACCCAAACAGCCGCCCAAAGAUAGCGGUCCGUUCUCGAAAACCCCAGCUCUUGUCCCUCUCCCGUCGCCUUCUCUCCGGAUCCCCCCAACAGCCGUCUCCUCCGCCGCUCCAAGCCCACAAAUCCCCGCCAUGAACUCCGGCCUCGACUCCCGCAAAACCACGCCUCAGAUCGUGCCCCGCAACAGCAAGAAACGCCCCAGCGUCAGCUCCAUCCCCGCCGGUGCAACAAUAUCCCCCGCGCUACGCCCAAAAAUCUCGCCUAACAUCAAGCCCCUGAUUCCUGGUGGCGGGCAGGAUGUUAUCGACGAGGAGGAGGCAUCACGAAUAUUGGCUUCGAAAUCGAAUUAUCAGAGGAUAUUGGAGGGGAAUCACUUACCGGGGGUUUCAUAUCCGAGUGAACUCAGCGCGAAUCUCACGCAAAAGAGGACGUCGCAUAAGCUGGCUGAGCAGGGGAGAAGGAAUAGGAUAAAUUCUGCGUUGCAGGAGAUUGCAUCGUUGUUACCGAAGAAGACUUUUCUUCAGCAACAGCUGAAGGAGUCUUCUGAAGGGGAGGGAGGAGGGAAUAAUAGUAGUGAAGGUGGGCAGGGGCAAGGGCAGCAAAGGAAGAAUAGUGGCGGGGUACCGAUUAGUAAGGCGAGUACGGUUGAGAUGGCGAUUGAGUAUAUUAAGCAGCUGCAGAGGGAGGUGGCGGAGGCGACAAAACGGGCCGAGGAGGCGGAAAGGAGGUUGAGGGAACGGGAGGAGAGAGAGAGGGCUGGCUGCAAGGAGAGUAAAGAAAGUGGGAAAGGGGAAACGAAUAAUAAGGAUGGGGACGUCAAGACGGAUGAGGAUAGCAAAGAGCAGUCUCAGAAGGAAGACCGAGGGAAGGAUUUGGAUGCGACUAUGACGGAAAGUUGUUAG